UUAAAAUGGCAACUAGAGGGUUGGUGAAACUUUACAGAGAAAAAAACCUUUGUAAAUCGCAUAUACUGAUUUGAGUGAUUGACUGUUAGUGGUGAGAGGGAAUACAACACUUCAGAUCACCUCUCUGUUUCCAGUCUCCACAAAUCUCAGUAAGUUUCAACUAUCUUUUAACCCUAACAAUAAUUAGAUCUUCAAUCAAACAUGUUUCAAACCCAUAAAUUCAACCUUUUUCUUUUGUUUUAUGCUGUUUUAAACAUACCCUUUUCAGUUUGUUCAUGUUUGACCAAUAUAUUUUUCUGGGUUUUUGUUCUUUUGAAUGAUUAGUUUGGUGAACAAAAGUUAGGGCUUUUUGUAAUCUUUUUCAAUCUUUAUUAGUCUUUAUUAAUCUUUAUCAAAUACCCGUUUCAAAUUAGGUGUUGGUUGAUGAGAUUUUUGAAUUUAUAGAUUGUAUAUGUUAGUUUGGUUGGUUGGUUAUUGUUACAGGGUGUGUGUGUGUGUGUGUGUGAAGGGAUGCUAAUUGCCAGCUCAGAAUGUGAUGAGAAAUGAGGGUUAGGGUUGUUAAAGUUUGGGAUAGAUGGGGUGUGUGUUUGGAAGAGAGAAUUCGUCUUCUGGGCCACCGAGUUCCGAGAUUGUAGCGGAUAAGAAACAAGAGAGAAACAGGGAUCCGAACGGUCAAUCGGGGAGGGCGGAGAAAGAAUCGACUGUGAAUCCUGAUGGCGGAGAUAAUGGUGAACAGGUGGCGCAAAAUGGGGUGGUGCAGAAAAAGGAAAAAGAUGGGAAUGUGAGGCCGAGAGGUGAGAGAAGGCGGUCGAAACCGAACCCGAGACUGAGUAAUCCGAUGAAGAACUUGCAUGGUGAACAGGUGGCUGCUGGGUGGCCUGCUUGGCUGUCGGCGGUUGCUGGUGAGGCGAUCAACGGGUGGAUUCCUCGCAGGGCUGAUACGUUUGAGAAAAUUGAUAAGAUUGGGCAAGGCACAUACAGUAAUGUGUACAAAGCUAAAGACACUAUGACGGGAAAAAUAGUUGCAUUGAAAAAGGUCCGGUUUGACAAUUUGGAGCCCGAAAGUGUAAAAUUCAUGGCCAGAGAGAUUUUGAUAUUACGUCGUUUAGACCAUCCGAAUGUUGUAAAAUUGGAAGGAUUAGUUACAUCAAGAAUGUCUUGUAGUUUGUAUCUCGUUUUUGAAUACAUGGAGCAUGAUUUGGCCGGGCUCGCUGCUAGUCCUACGAUCAAGUUCACAGAACCUCAGGUCAAGUGUUACAUGCAUCAACUGUUAUCCGGGCUUGAACAUUGUCACAACCGUCACGUGUUACAUCGCGAUAUAAAAGGGUCCAAUCUUUUACUUGAUAAUGGAGGGGGUUUGAAGAUCGCUGAUUUCGGUUUGGCAUCGUUUUUUGAUCCUAAUCAUAAGCAGCCUAUGACUAGCCGGGUUGUUACGUUAUGGUAUAGACCACCCGAGCUGCUUCUCGGGGCCACUGAUUACGGUGUAGGUAUAGACUUAUGGAGUGCAGGGUGCAUUUUAGCAGAGUUAUUAGCUGGAAAGCCUAUCAUGCCUGGUCGUACAGAGGUAGAGCAGCUUCACAAGAUUUUCAAGCUAUGUGGUUCGCCUUCCGAAGAAUAUUGGAAAAAGUCAAAAUUGCCACACGCAACCAUAUUUAAGCCCCAACAGUCAUAUAAACGUUGUAUAGCAGAAACAUUUAAAAAUUUCCCGCCAUCGUCAUUACCACUGAUCGAUACCCUUCUUGCAAUUGAUCCUGCAGAACGUCAAACUGCAACAGCUGCUUUAAGAAGCGAAUUUUUUACGACAAAACCUUAUGCAUGUGACCCGUCAAGCCUUCCAAAAUAUCCACCUACUAAGGAGAUGGAUGCCAAACUUCGCGAUGAAGAAGCUAGAAGAUUAAGGGCAGCUGGUAAAAACAAUGCUGAUGGAGUGAAGAAGACUCGCACGCGUGAAAGACCUGCACGCGCUAUGCCUGCUCCUGAAGCCAAUGCCGAGCUACAAGUAAACAUCGAUAGACGGCGGUUGAUCACACACGCAAACGCAAAAAGCAAAAGCGAGAAAUUUCCUCCACCUCACCAGGACGGGACACUGGGUUACCCAUUGGGUUCCUCACAUCACAUGGAUCCAACUUUUGACCCUCCCGAUGUUCCGUUUAGUUCCAAUUUUUCAUACGCUAAACAACCAAUCCAAACAUGGUCUGGUCCAUUGGCCGAGCCUGCACCUACCGGUCGUUCACGCAGAAAGAAACAUAAUGACUCGUCUUCAAAGAAUCACUAGACUUGCGGUGUGGUAAAAAACCACUCGAUACAAAAUGCUGCAAAUACUGCUCGACCAAUGAGACGAUGGGAGUAAGGUACGCGCUUUUUACACGUAGAAUGCAGAGGUCGAGUAUUUUGUUGUUUGUGUUUUUUGCGCAAUUCUUAUUCUACGCGAUGGUGAGAACUGAGAAGCUCCUCUUUUGAGUAAUGUAAAUUGUUCAUCUUUUUUUUUGUUUUUUUUUUUUUUUGCCUUUUUGUGUUGAAGUUGGUUAGGUCAUAAACAUAUAACUAUUGAACAACAUUUUGACUAUAUUAAUUCCAAUGUAUUUUUUCAAUCUA